GUGGGGCAAAAAUAAAAAGUUUUUUCCAUGCUUAUUAUACUGAUAAAUUGAAUUCUCAGAUAGUUUUACGACUUAUUGAAAUAUUUUAAUUCAAAUGUUUAGAAGUCCGCCUACAAAUUCCACACCGUUUUAUUCAGCGCCAAGUUCUUCUGUUGAACGAUUUUAAUUAGAAUUACUUCGCCAACUCUAUUAUAAAUGAUGAUUAAUGUUUCCUGAAGUGAUAUAUUGAACAUUUUCUUGGUUCUCUGCUACAGCAGACAAUUCCUCUGCUAACGCCAUCAACUAAUUAAGAAAUAUGUCUGAUGAGGAUUCUUUAUGCGACCUUUCAAGGUUUGCAAUGUCAGGUUUUAGUUCACAAAGCAUGACGCCUAAAAGAUCGUCUUUAUUAAGAAAACCAAUAUCUGGAGUCAAUCUCCAGAAAUCUAUUCAGAUGUUAGAUGACGCCAUGGGACUUCCUAUUGGAGCACAAGACUCAUCGUUUCAGUCAUUCCGAAGUCCAAAUACCUCCCAAUUCAACCGCAAGAGUUUCUCUACAACCAGUGUGGCAUCACCCUUUCCCGUCUCAAGUUUGAGGAAAACAACAAACAAGUCAUUCAGUGAGUCCGUGUUCUUACCCCCUGCAAACAGUCCUGUAAACCAAUCUCUGAUGGAAGGAGUCUUUGAUGAUGUGACGACAACUAAUUUGGGUCUCUUGUUACAAGAUGACCCAGAACUUGCUGCCUGUACUGGAGUCUACAGUGAGUUCCAGCAAGCAUUCAAGGAAUCAAUUCGACCCCAACAGUUGUUUGAUUUGUUGAAGCAGUACGAGGCUGUCUGUGCUGAACAUCUGCAACUUCUCAAGACGGUUAUCAUGAGGGCUGCCCCGAACCAAGUCAAAUACAAUAAAAAGCUUGAUGUUUACAACCUUCUGUAUGCUGAGCGCUGUACGUGGCAACUUCUCAUCUCUUUAUUGAUUAAUCGCCUGGAAGACAGUCAAAUGGAGCAGGAUGGAGAAGAGUCAAUGACACUCAAAUAUCCCAGUGAAUACAACCUGAUGUCUCGUCUGUUUAAGAAGGAUUCCAGUGUCAGAGAAGCACAAAUUGUAGUUGACUGGUUGGAAAGUUGCAGUCAUGAAUAUCUCUCCACACUUGCAGACAAUCCAGAGUUUUAUUCCGGUAAAGAAGUAGCUUGGGAGAACACCCUUCACCGGCUUCGUAAGAGAAAGCAGAUUCCAGUAUCAGAAACUGAACGACCCCUGAUUGAUGAAUUGGACCCUGAUGCUCCUUUACGUCAAGGAAAGGCACUGGACGACCUUGACCAGGAAGAUGAUCUUAUUUUACUGCAGCGAAUGUUUGCCUGCAUCCGAGCUGGAGAUAUAGAUCAGGCCCAGAAAAUCAGUUGCAAUCACGGACAAGCCUGGCGUGCUGCAUCUCUCGAAGGCUGGCGAUUAUAUCAUGAUGCCAACUUUGAGGUACACAAUGAAGAAAAUCUUCAACCUGUGGAAGGCAAUCUGUUCAGAGAUGUGUGGAAACGCGUUUCAUGGGCCGUGUGUCAAGAGAACAGAUACAACAUCUACGAGAAAGCUAUCUAUGCUGCCUUCAGUGGAAACCUGAAGGCUCUGCUUCCCGCCUGCCGUUCCUGGAGUGAUUAUCUGUGGGCAUACUUUCGCACCUACGUUGACCAAAUGGUCGAAGAAGAAAUCCGUCUAAAUUGCAGUCGUAAAAUGGAAGAUCUACCAAAUAAUUAUUUCCUGAAAAGGUAUUACCCAGAAUCAAUCUUCUCAGAAAUUGAAUCAGCUAAUAAUCCUGAAAUACAAGAAGAGAGCAAAAUCUGGUUUAAUGUGAUCCAAAAAUUUAUUAUUCUGAACGAUACCAACAGUUUGGUCGAUACCAUGCAUGACUGGUUGAAGAAAGAUAAUCAAAUUCCACAACAUUUGGUACGGUUCAUGGCUCAUUUGGUUUUAGUGUUGCGGACUGUUGGUCUAGAAGAAAAGGAAGAGAAAUGCAAUGAGAUUUUACAAGGCUAUGUAGAUUUGUUAAUCCAAAAUAAAAUGGUGCACCAAGUAGCAACCUAUGUUGCCACUUUACCAAGAAGUUGGCAGGCCAGCGCUUAUGCUCUGUUUUUGGAAGGUGUAGAGAAGAAGGAUGAACGUCAUUUAUAUUUGGAACUUGCCAAAGAAGCUGGUCUUGCUGUGGAUGUCAUCACAAAAACCGUUGUCGAGAACAUUCGUAAGAGAGACGAUCCCACAAUAAACCGGCCAACAAGUAAUAUCAAUUCGACCAUAUCAAAGGAAGACAAACAGAAAAUUGAAGCUAUUGAUUGGUUAACAUUUGAUCCAUCACAGCGAUUAGAAGCUGUUAAGCAAGCAAAUGCUGUGAUGCGAGGUUUCUUGGCCAUGAAUAAACCAACAGCUGCAAGACAAGUCUUUGAGAAACUGCCAUCUGAUUCUGUUGGCAUUAUCACAAGAAUCUGGCAUGAGAAGUUUGACUCUGAAGAACUUGCUACUCAUGAAGAGAAUGUCGUGAGGGAGUAUCACUGCAUCAAGGCUUGUCUGGAUGCAAUUGAGUCUUUCAACGACUGGUUUGAAUUAUAUCACCACAGCAAACCCUCUGCUCCAGAGAGGCCGGAAAAUGCUGACUUCAAAGACCGGAUAGCUUAUGAACAUGAACUCAAACAGUUUGAGAUCGAACUGGACCAAUGGAAGCAUCGGUUCACCAUGCAGACAAGAACGACCAAAGGUAGAAUCUACAAUGUCCUGCUGUUUCCCGAAGGAGGUUGGAUGGUUGACAAACGUAGUAACACUGUCAUCGAUGAAAGUCGGGAUCAUCAAAUGAAACUUCUUCGACAGAUCUACGUACCAAAUUUUGUAACACAGCUUCACCAAGUUCUGAGCCUUGCAGAGCACCAUGCUGAGUGUAUGCAGCUUUCAGAGUUGAUUACAGAUGACAAGAAUUGCCUCUACGAAGUUUUCUCUCAAGAAGAUUUGCAGCAGAUUCUGAAAUUGUUGCGGCAAUCAGCUUUGAUAUUAAUAAACCAGAAACAGGACCCAUUUGGUUAUGAAGACCCCAUGAGUUACGAAAUGGAAAUGGCUGCCACUUAAACAACACAGAAAUAAACAACUUCAACAUCAACCGUUUUUAUUUCAUGAAAAUACCAACAGAAA